AUGUUUCACAGAAUGUGUGCUCUCACUCCGGCAUCGCCCAUGUCACCCCCAUUUGUUCUCUCAUCUCCGGACGGCUCUCUUUUCCCGGUUAUUAAGCGUCAGUUCGUCCAGGUCUUUCGUGAGCGUUUAUUUUCGGCAGCCAUUCCCCACGCGCACACAUAUCGUGGACAUUCUUUUCGCAGGGGAGGGGCGAAUUGGGCUUUUCAGUGUGAAGUUCCUGGAGAACUCAUUCAAGUUUUCGGGGACUGGUCCUCCGACGCCUAUGAAAGUUAUCUAGAGUUCUCCUUGCCGGCUAAGUUACGAGUAGCU